AUGCCUUCAACUCCAGAAAUGCCUUCAACUCCACUACCUCAACUACGCUUUACUUUGACUGAUAUAGUCACUCUACUACCGAUUAAUAGGCUACCUAAUCCUUAUUUCGCAGAACGCGAUCAACGUGUUCGCGCUCGUUGCUUUCAGAACGCUAGAAUUAGUGUUUUUGCAAUUAGAAGUACUUUACGUCGAACUGGCUAUAAAUAUUACGUAGCUCUCCGCAAACCUCCUGUUAACGAAAAGAAUCGACAGUUACGCUUUAUCUUUGCUCUAGAAAAUGUCAACUGGACAGACGACUAA